AUGAAGUCCUUCCGACUGCACCCAGGGACAACGAUCAGGCGCGGAAGCGACAUUGAGCAAUACUGCCUCAGGGACGGACCAGGCGUGGAGCCAGCAUUCCCCGAGACGAACAAGGAGGUCAUCUUCCUCAAGGGCAUGAUGAAGGGCAGCAGUCGCUUCUUCUACAUCGGUAUCGUCGAGGCGAGCGGUACCGACGGCGUUUACAACAACGUUCGCAGGAACAGGCCCAUCACGCUGAAGCCUGAGUGGUUCAACAGUAAGCAGACAGCCAACGGGCCCUGCAAGGCGUUCAACCACAAAUGGGUCUUGAAGGACCACUCGCGGACGCACACCGGCGAGAAGCCGUCCUGUUGCAAGCUCAGCGGCAGGGCGUUCAUCAAGACGGCGCUGGUAUGCAACGCCCGAAUCCUCACCCGAGAGCGGCCGUUCCGCUGUGAGCUAUGUGACAAGGCGUUCAUGUACCGGUGCAGCCUGCGGGAGCAUGCCUGA